UGAAAACAGCAGAUGAGGAACUGGAGACUUGUGAGAAGAUGUGUUCACGUGUGUGUGACAGUUGUUUGGUUGUGAAGGAUUCUUUUCUAAUUCAGCCUCCGGUGUGUGAGUGAAGCAGGACUCAGGCAGGAGGAGUUCACACUUCACAUCCAGCAUCAGUUCCGGUUUCAGCUGCAGCGGACUUCACGCUGGGUAGCAGCAGGUUAGCAGCGUCCAUAUUUCUAUAUUUAUAAAACACGUCUUUACCUCAGCAUGGUGGUAGACAACAGAGAGCCUGAGUCUGAGCCCCGGAUCUACGGGUUUACCAGGAGAGCUUCAGCUGUGUCCACGCACUUCAUCUGCAUCGUUUUCAGCCUCUUCAUCGCUCUGAUGUCCAGACCUGGCUCCAGUUUGUUUUCCUGGCAUCCUUUCCUCAUGACACUGGCUUUCUCCUUCUUCAUGACAGAAGCCAUUCUCCUCUUCUCCCCCCACGGCUCCCCUAUCAAAAGUUUCUCACACAAGGUCAAAGGUCGUGUUCACUGGAUCCUGCAGUGCCUGUGUGUGUCCUGUGCGGUCCUGGGUCUGGCAGCCAUCUCUUACAACAAACACCUGAACAGUAAACCCCACUUCACCUCAUGGCACGGUCUGCUCGGCCUGCUCACGGUGUGCGUGGUCGGGCUGCAGUCUUUGGCAGCUGUGCCUCUCAUCUACCAUUCCCUGGUCAAAGGCUGGUCCCUGGCCAAACUCAAACGCUAUCACGCGGCCUCCGGGCUCAUCACGUACCUGCUCGGCAGCAUCAGCCUGCUGCUCGGCCUCUGCUCGGCCUGGUUCACAGCCUCUGUCGGGGAAUACACCUGGUACCUGUCAGCACUGUGCCCGGCUGUCAGCGCCCUCAUCAUAAUGAACCAAGUCACCAGUGCGUACAUGGCCAAGAAACGUCUGCAAUACUGACAUUUUUUUCAGUCUCAUACAACCAUUUGAUUUUCUGUAAAAGGAGCUGAUUUCUGCAGCUACAGACUCAUAUUCCUCACAAGGAGUGUGGAUAAUGAAAUAGCUUUCUCUCAUUGCCUUUUUUAUACAAUGUAGAGGACACAGAGGUCACACGUCUCUGUAAUUUGGGGUUUUAGGUACGCCCCAAUGACCUGAAGAGUUUUUAUUUAACGGUUACGCACACAUUUUGAUGUUCCAUGUUGAGCUUUUUUGGUUUGUUUGGCAGCUUCUGAUGUUUUUAGCCAUGCUAGCUUUAACUACGACCAUGGACUGUAUGUACUACUAUUCAGACAAGAAGCCAAUACAUCCUGGAUAUGAAGGCUGAUCUUUUGCAUUUGGAGCCAGAUUCUGUGCAGUAGCGAUGGAGCCACAACAGAGGUCCAGUUGAAACAUCCUCUCAACCAAUCGCGAGUCAGUCUUAGCAGUCAAUCAGGACCUUUCACUUCCCUUCAAAUGAGUAAUAUAACAAUUGGAAAAACUACAGUGAUAAGAACUACAUAAUCUCAUUUGGCCCAUGUCACAUCCACUAACAUGGAGGAGUUGGAGGAAUUUAUGUCCUAUACUUGAACCAGCCACCAGGUGGCGAUCGGGAGGAUUUAGCUUUACUUUUGGGGAGCAGUCUUGUUGUCCAUCUUUAUAUAAUGAAUAUUUUUAAUGCUUAUUAGCAACAUUUUAACAUGCUCACAAGCCACAUUAAAAUUGUGAACCAGGUAAACAUAACAUGUUAAACACCAGUACGCUAGCAAUAGCAUUUUGCAAAGAAUUGUUUCCUCUACAUUCUCAGAUCUGCUAGCAUUGCUGCAGACGCAAUAUUGUUUUAACCAACAACUUUAAAUGUGCCAGAUUUGAGCAAAAAAAAAAUCGGUAAGUGAAAUAAAAAAUGGUUUCAAUAUUCUCUACAGACUGAAUAGUGUGAGGUUGGUUUUGACACAUCACCAAAACUUUUUGGCAGUCGUAAGAGAUCCUAUAGUGAAUCAUGAGCUCAUCCUGGCUAUGUCCUUGAAUAUUUGUUGAUCUCAGGUUGAAUUUUUGUAUCUUGUAUUAUCCUUCCUCCUGGUUACUGACUUAACCAUGUCUGAUGAUGUCAUACUAAAGUUAUGUCCAGAUUAAAAGCACAUGUCAAUGAUUCA